CAUCCAACUUUGCAACCUUAAUUUUACACGGUGGUCCCAGCACGUGGUCGUUGCACGCGCCACCUCCUGCAUGGAGAAAAAAAGACCUGAAAAACGAGGAGCCAAAAAAACGAAUCAGAAGGCAAUGCGGCGUUUGAAUAAAUAAUGAAAGAGGCCAACGGUGGUUGGUUGCAGCAGCCUAAUUUCGACUUUUCUUACAUUAAUGGACCGUAUAUAUUUUAACCCACCAAGUUCCAAGUUCCAAGUUCCAACCACCACACUCUCCUCGCACCAGGGAGACUAUCUGCAAUUUUCAGAAUUGGCAUCAAAAUAUUUGGAUUUGGUGACCAGAUUGGAACCAUUCAACUAGUUUCAAGAAAUGGAAGUGAAGGCACGAGCUCCUGGAAAAAUUAUACUCUCGGGGGAACAUGCUGUUGUUCAUGGAUCGACGGCGGUGGCUUCCUCCAUUGACCUUUACACCUACGUCUCUCUUCGCUUUCCCACUCCCUCUGAUAGUGAUGAUGCACUAAGACUCCAGCUCAAGGAAGUUGGAUUAGAGUUUUCAUGGCCUAUUGGUAGAUUAAAAGCAGUCCUAUCAGAAUUAGAUAUUCCCAACUCAUCAGUGCCAACCUCAUGUUCACUGGAGUCGACUAAAUCACUUGCUGCUUUAGUUGAUGAACUGAAGAUUCCAGAGGCAAAAAUUGGACUUGGUGCUGGAGUGUUGGCUUUUCUUUGGCUGUAUUCAUCUAUCCAAGGAUUUAAGCCUGCUACUGUUGUUAUCACUUCAGAACUUCCAUUGGGUUCAGGCCUGGGAUCAUCCGCUGCAUUCUGUGUUGCACUCUCGGGUGCUCUUCUUUCUUUCUCAGAUUCUGUAAGUCUGGAUUUGAGCCACAAAGAGUGGACCAGUUUUGGGGAAAGUGAACUUGAUUUGCUGAACAAAUGGGCUUUUGAAGGUGAAAAGAUCAUCCAUGGAAAGCCAUCUGGAAUCGACAAUACAGUUAGCACAUACGGCAAUAUGAUCAAGUUCAGAUCAGGUAGUUUGACUCGCAUCAAAUCGAACACGACACUCAAAAUGCUUAUUACCAACACAAAAGUUGGGAGGAACACGAAGGCAUUAGUCGCUGGUGUUUCGGAGAGAACUUUAAGGCAUCCAAAGGGCAUGGCUUCUGUGUUUAACGCAGUGGAUUCUAUCAGCACGGAAAUGGCCAACAUCAUCCAAUCGUCUGCGCCCAAUGAUCUCUCCAUCACUGAGAAGGAAGCGAAAAUAGAAGAGUUAAUGGAAAUGAAUCAAGGUUUGCUCCAAUGUAUGGGGGUCAGCCACGCUUCAAUUGAAACCGUUAUCCGAACAACGUUGAAAUACAAGUUAGCUUCCAAGCUGACGGGAGCUGGGGGCGGAGGUUGUGUUCUCACGCUGCUGCCAACCUUGCUAUCAGGAACUGUUGCUCAUGAAGUAACUGCUGAACUGGAGUCUUGUGGAUUCCGUUGUCUGACGGCCGCCAUCGGUGGAAACGGAGUCGAAAUUUGCUUCGGCGGUUCAUCGUAACGUCCCUUCCGAAGUGCUGAGAGUAAGAAGAUCUUAAAGCUCCAUUGAUGGCUGGUAGGACACAAGCUCUCUCUGCUCUCUGUAAAUUAUUUUCCAGUAUUCUGAAUUUUUAAUCCGAUUAAUUUCCGUCUUCCUAUUUUUUGACGGAAAUAUUUCAAAAGAACUGGCAAUCUGUCCUGGUUCGUAGAUUUCUCGUGGCGUAAACAAGAUUGUUGCAUAUACAUUUGUUUGUGAGAGAUGAUAUUCUUUACAGGAAGGUGUUGAAUUAUUUUUAUCUUAA